UGUCAAUCACACCGAUGACGCGCGCGCGGGUUUAUAAGCAGCGCGCCGCGAGCGCACCGAAGCACUUCUCCAGAGCGCACAGGCAGAGGUGGAUGCAUCCGAGCGAUAUCACACAGAUCUGCCUGUCUUCGAUGUGUCCCGUCAUGGAGCAGAGCGUCAAAGCGGCCGCAGCCCUGCAGGUGAUCCAGACGCGCAGCUCGCCCAGCGUCCUGCUCGCGUACAAAAGCGCGACGCAACGACUCGGCGCGACCGGGUUCAGCGUCAGCACGCUCUCCAAAGCAGGACUGGGAAUCCUCAAACUGGCCACGACGCAGCUGAAGCAGCAGGAACAGAAGGCGCGGGUGGUGCGUGCGUCCAGUCUGGGUAAAGCGCACCCCGCGUCCGUCGAUAAAAAGUCCCCUCUGGACCUGCUGGCCGCGCUUCUCCUGCACGGCAACGCACGCCUCCCGCCGCUGGCGAACGACUCGCAUGUCGCCAAGCCGCAGAACUGCAGGCGCAUCGUGGUGCUCGGCGCGCCGCGCGUCGGGAAGACCUCCAUCCUGCGCCGCUUCCUGCGCGACGGCUUCGAGGAGCGAUACGAGCCCACGAGUGAGGAUUUCCACCGGAAACUCUACCAAAUCCGCGGAGAGACUUACCAGAUAGACAUACUGGACGCGUCCGGGGAGAGGAGCUUCCCCGCCAAGAGGAGGCUGUCCAUCCUGACCGGUGAUAUAUUCCUGCUCGUCUUCAGUCUCGACGACCGCAGCUCGUUCGAGGAAGUGCGCGCUCUGCACGCCGAGAUAGUGGCGGCCAAAACGGCGCUGCACCGAUUCAAACAGAAGGCGUGCGUGCCGACGGUGGUCUGCGCGAACAAGGUGGACUUGCCCUCGGAGCAGCGCGCGGUGUCGCGGACCGAGGUGCACCGCGCGCUCGGUAACGGCUGCGCUCUGUUCGAGACCUCCGCCAAAGACAGCGUCAAUCUGGAGCAGGUGUUCGAGGCGCUGGCGCGGCGCGGCGGCCUCCCCCUCGAGACCGGACCCUCGCAGCACCGCAAAGUGUCCAUCCGCUCGUACCAGGCGCUGCGGGCGGCGCGGCAGGCGGAGAGAGGGAGCACGGCGGCGGCGUGCGACGCUCCGUGCGGGGCGCUCUUCCCGCUGGCCCGCAGACCGAGCUUCGGCACCGACCUGCGGCUGGUCCUCGGGCCCAAAGCCGGCAGAAAACAGAGCAAAGCGCUGGACAAGUGUCAGAUUCAGUGAAACAACUCCGACUGAGAGAAAGAGAACCGCAUGUUGCAUAUGCUGACAUUGGAAAGCCAUUAAAAUAAUUUUUACUGAUGUACAUAAUCAUUUUAAUUCUACUCGAUGCAUUUUAAUGUGGGAGGAACAAUGACACAUUUAUGUAAACUUUAGGUUCAACACGACAGAUCCCCAUUGCAAACCCCCUGUUGAAGAUCUCUGUCAUAUUUAAUGACUUGAAUGACAAUACUGUGAUUAUGUCUGACACAUGAUGAACCGAAUUGACUUGAGGCCGCUUUUAUCGCUUUUAUCAGAGCCUUGUUUAUGUCUUUCUGAUGAAGAUCCACUGAGAAUGAUUGAAAAGCCUGUUGAGCGACUGGUUUGUUUGAAUGCAUGAG